AUGGCUGUGGUUUCCAAUAGGCUGGUUUUUACAGGCUCGAAACCAUCUCAAAAAUUUUCAGAGGCUAUGCAUGCACAAAAAUUGGAGUCAUCUUUUGUGGGUGAGAGCUCUAAGCUCAAGAAAGUGAACGGAUGUCUGUCGCGGAGUCAAGAUCGGCCUGUUUUGGUUAUCUCUCCGGAAUCUGUCCAGGAAGAUAUCGCUUAUUGGAGCCAACAUGUUUUGAUCUGCAAGUUCUUGGGUAUUCGGAUUCCUCUCUCGGCAUUAGAAUCUUGGAUCCGUCGAACCUGGCAUGUUGAGGGGGAUUUUGAUUUAUUGGUAGCUGCAAAUGGCUAUUUCAUGGUCGAUUUUUCUAGUAUCUCGGACCGUAAUCGUGUUUUUGAAGGAGGGCCAUAUUUUUACAAUCAUGUUGGCUUGUUCAUUAAGCCCUGGCAUAGUGGUUUUAAUGCGACAGAAGAUCUUCCUACUCGGGUUCCUGUUUGGGUGCGUCUUCCAUGGCUGCCGUUGGAGUUUUGGAGAGAGGAUAUUCUACUUCGGAUUGCUGCUCUGUUGGGGAAACCGGCUGCCAUUGCUCAAAAUACUUUGGAGAAAAAGAUUCAACCGCUUGGUUAUGAGUCCCUCCCUUUUCGUUGCCGCUUCUGUCACGAGUAUGGCCACCUUCAGCGCCAGUGUCCUCGGGCACCCAAAGCUGCUGGGGUGUCUUCUUCUCCUUCUUCUGGGCCCUCGGUGGAGAAAGGGGAUAAAGGGAAGGAAUCUGGGGUUGAGGGUGGGCCUGAUAAGGAUGGCUUUAUCCCUAUUAAGCAGAGAAAUAAAGGGAGGGGGCACAAGCGGGCCUUUAAGGAUAGUCAGAAUGAUCAGGGUUUCAAUCGGUUUGAGGUCCUGGAUAAUCAGGCUGUGGAGGAAGGGAUUCCUGUUGAGCUUUCUGCUGGGGCCUCUGGUAUGGAUGUUGGGAUGGAUACAGGGCUGGAGAAAGCGAUUGUUGUGCAGAAUUCGUCUUCGGCAUUGGUGCAGGGGAGUUCGGAGCCUCCUGGGGCCUCUGUAGAUGUGCAGGAUGAUAUUGUUUUAGCAGAUUUGGCUAAGGCAGUGUUUUCUUCAGGCAAAGGGCGAGGAUCGUCUCCUUCCUUGGGGGUGUUGCAACGCCCUCUCAAGAAGGGACAUUUUGAAUUUUCUUCGAAAGUUGGUCGUAAGAAGGAUGCAGACAAGCUUAAAUCUCCUGGGGAUCUUUUGGAAACUAAGCUUAUGGUGGAUCUCAUGUUUCAACAUGCUCCUUGUAUUUGGUUUUCUGGCCAGUGUCAGUGUAUUGGAUCUAGGGGAACCUCUGGGGGUCUGGCUCUUUUCUGGGAUCCUCGUAAGGUUGUCCCUCAUUGGUGGAUUUCCAGCCAGUCUGCUAUUUCUAUGGUGGCCUCGAUUUUGGAAUCUGGUGAGACUAUUUUGGUUAGUAAUGUUUAUGCUCCAAUUGAUAUUCGUGGUAAAUCCCAGCUUUGGGCUCAUAUCAGGUAUGUUAGGUCCUGUGCUCCCUUUCUACCUUGGAUUUUAGCUGGUGACUUCAAUGUUGUGUUGAGCUUGGAGGAGAAAAGGGGAGGGCUGCCUAGGCUUGGCCCUGCUUCAGAUAUGUUUCGGACUAAUGUGGACUCUCUAGCAUUGAUGGAUGUAAAACCCUCUAAUGGAAUUUUCACUUGGAAUAAUAGACGGAGUGGGCCUGAAGCGAUUGCCCAGCGGCUUGAUCGUUUCCUUGUCUCUUGCUCUUGGGUUAGAGGUAUCUUGGUCAUUUUCUUUGAGAUUCUUGACUGGCGUGGCUCUGAUCAUUGGCCAAUUAAGUUUUCGACUUCAGCUUUUCCAAAUCCUAAGAACCCCCCUUUCAAAUUCCAGCUCAUGUGGUUGCGUGAUCCGUCUUUAGGUGAUCUUGUGGCUCAAUGGUGGCGGGAUGGCGCCCCUGCCUAUGGUACAUCUAUGUAUUCUCUGGUUAAGAAAUUGCAAUAUGUUAAGUUUCAUCUUAAGCGAUGGAAUAGGUUGAGUUUUGGUAAUUUUCGGGCUAGGAAAAGAGAAGCGCUGGACCGCCUUGCUGUGAUUACCCGUCAGAUUCGGGAUUUGGGCUUCUCGGAGGCUCUUGGGCAUGCUGAAUCCCAGGCUCUGAAAUUGGUGGAAGAGUGGGAGCUCUCUCGUCGAAAUAAGUGCUUUAUCUCUUCUCUUGUUAACUCUGAGGGUAUUUCAAUCUCUGCUCAACAUGCUCUGUCUAGAGAGGCUCGUCAGUACUACUCUAAUCUUUUCACUGAGGAUUCUGUACCUGCUGAGGCUGAUGAAAAUAGAGUCCUUGCUUGUAUUCCUUCUUUAAUUUCUAAUGAGGUGAAUGCUUCUCUUAUUCGCCCAGUGACUCUGUCUGAAGUGGAGGAGGUGGUGUUUGGGAUGAACAAAGGGAAAGCCCCUGGCCCUGACGGGUUCCCAGUUGAGUUUUUCCAGGACUUUUGGGAUAUUGUGAAGCAGGAUUUGUUAGAGGUGGUUUGUGAGUCUCUUCAUAGUAAGCAGAUGCUUCGUGCCUUGAAUGCUACUUUUUUGGUUCUCAUUCCUAAGAAGGAAGGUGCUGACAAACUUGAUCUCUUUAGACCUAUUGCACUCUGUAAUGUGGCGUAUAAGAUUAUUACGAAGUUGAUGGCUGAGAGACUCAAAUCUUGUUUUCCAAUGAUUAUUUCUGAGGAGCAAGGCGGCUUUGUGGCUGGGCGGCAAAUUCUGGAUGGGGUGGUGGUUGCAUCUGAAGCCAUUCAUUCCAUGGCUACUUCUCAGGAGAGGUCUAUGUUUAUCAAGUUGGAUAUGGCCAAAGCCUAUGAUAGAGUUAAAUGGAGUUUUCUUCAGAAGAUUCUGUUGGCCUUUGGUUUUUCCUCUGAUUGGGUGAGUUGGGUGUUGAGUUGUGUGACUUCUUCCUCCUUUUCGGUUAUUAUGAAUGGGGAGCCUUCUGAGCUUUUUGGGGCUACUAGGGGUCUUCGUCAGGGGGAUCCGCUCUCUCCUUAUUUGUUUAUUAUUCUGGCUGAGGGGCUUGGCCGUCUUCUUAAAUCUCAGGUUUCUCAUGGCUUGAUUCAUGGUUGGCAGUGGGGGAUGGGCUUGCCUACACUUUCUCAUCUCCAAUUCGUGGAUGAUACCUCUCUUAUGGGUCUGGCUCGUAUUAGGGAGGCUAAUUCCUUCAGGAAAACUUUGGACAUCUACCUUGCGGCUUUGGGCCAGAGAGUCAAUGAGCAAAAGUCUUCUAUUUUCUUCUUUAAUACUCCUCAAGCUAUCCAGCAUAGGAUUGCUGCCAUUCUACGGUUUCAAAUUGGAACUCUUCCCUUUGUUUAUUUGGGUAUUCCUCUUACUGUUGGCCGUCUGCCCAGAUCUUCUUGGCAGCAGUUGCUUGAUAAGCUUAGGAGAAAGGUUUCUCAUUGGACCCAUCGUUGGUUGUCUUCUGCAGCUAGAUUGACUCUUCUUAAGUCUGUCAUCCAGGCCCUUCCCAUCUACAGGUGCUUUGUUCAAGCGGCUCCUAUGUAUUUCCUUAAGGAAUUUGAUGCUCUUUCUCGUCAAUUUCUUUGGAGCGGUAAUUUAUUGUCUUCAAAAUGGAGCCUUGUUAAGUGGGAAUCAGUGUGUAGACCUAAGCAAGAAGGGGGUCUUGGUUUACGCUCUGCUAUUUUGAAUGGAAAAGCUCUUGCUGCUAAGCUUUACUGGCGUUGGUGCACCCAUCAGCACCAGUUAUGGGCUCGUAUUCUCAACCUUAAAUAUCUUCGGGGUGUUGCUUCUUUUGAGGUCCCUCGCUAUCCUCUGGAGGGGGGUGGUUCUAUGAUCUGGCAUACUUUGAAAGUGGGGGUGCAGUUGAUUAAGGAUGCUCUUUUUUGGAUCUGUCAUUCGGGUUCACAGGCUCUUUUUUGGUUAGAUUCCUGGGAUGGUCACCCUCCUAUUCUUUCUUCUUUUCCUCAUCUCCAGCCUCUGUCUGAGGUUUUUAGCGCAGCUGGCUGGGAUACUGUGGAGCACUAUAAGGUGGCACAACAUGAUGGUUUGGUUCUUCGGUUUCGUUGGAAGCACCCUUCUGAGUGGCCUCCAGGAGGGUCUGAGGGGGAUAGGUGUGAGCUUUCCCAACUUUUGGCUUCCUGUGCUUGUAAUUCUUUGAGAGGAACUGAUGUUUUGGCUUGGGAUGGUUCAGACUUGUCUGGAAAGUACUCUGUGGUUGCUGGUUAUAAACAGAUUGGUAGGCAGUUGUUUGGGGACAUUGAGGUCCCUUGGUGGAAGCAUGUUUGGCACAAGUUGUCAUGGCCCAAGUGCAACUUCUUUAUGUGGUUAGUGGCCCAAAAUCGGUGUCUCACUUGGGAUAAUUUAUGUAAGCGUGGUUUUCAAGGCCCUUCUAUGUGUGUUUUGUGUCAAGGUUGUGAAGAGAGUGUAUCCCAUAUCUUCUUCCAAUGCUCCUAUGCUAGGGAGAUUUGGCACUUCUGGUGGGGAGUGUGGAAUACGACCUGUUGGCAUGUUUCCUCUUUGGUGGAAUUUUGGGAACGAUGGGGAAGGGCCCCUGUUUCUACUUCCUUUCUCCAGGCUGCUUGGGCCAUUGGGCCUUCCUUUAUUAUCUGGAAUCUUUGGUUGGAGAGGAAUAGGCGGAUCUUUCAAGAUUUGCAGCUGAUGGCUCCUCACCUUUGGAGGAAAAUUUUACACUCCUUAGGGGGAACUAUUGUGGCUAAGUGUGAUAUGACUAUGCGGGUGGACCCUCAGGAUGUUGAUUGUUGUAAUCGCCUUCAUCUUCCUCCUCCGCAACGACAACUCAUGCGUAACAGGUGUAGGCAUCCUACCCCAAAGGUGAAUAGGGAGGGAAGAUGGUCCCCUCCUCCCUUGGGAGUCCUAAAAAUCAACUCGGAUGGCUCUUCUCGUGGUAAUCCUGGUCAUGCUGGCAUUGGAGGUGUGGGCCGUGAUAGCUCAGGGGAUGUUCAGUUUAUUUUCUCUGAGUAUAAGGGUCUUCAUAUGAAUAAUCUUAUGGAGGCUCGGGCUAUUUUAGUGGCUAUGGAGCGGGCCAAUCAGUUGGGUUGGCGAAGGAUCAUAUGUGAGUCUGACUCCCAGGUUGUGGUGAACUUACUGAAAAGGCAGUAUAUGGAUAAUGUGAGCUGGCAGCUGGCCUUGAUUGUUGAACAAAUUCUCACUCUCUGUGCAUCUCUGGAGCAUGUUACUUUCAACCAUAUUCCCCGUGAAUGGAAUGGUGUGGCUGAUUGCUUGGCUAAAUGGGCUUCCGAUCAUAUGCAUGAUUGGAAUUUGGUGGAUCGGGGCCAUCUGCCCCCGGAUUUGUCUCAUCAAUUGGAUCACUUGGUUGAUCUUGAUAGGGCCAUUUAA